CUCUCCCCCUCCCUCACUCUCUCUCUCCCCCCCACCACUCUCCUUCCCUCUCCCUCCCGCCCGCUCACCCUGUCUCGAGGCAGCUCCAGGGCCCGCGCUAACGCCACAACGGCGGUUCCCAACGGUCCGCCAGCCACGCGAGGCAUGUGAGGGACGAGCCUCCCGCCAGGAGCGCGAGCGCGCCCGCCCGCUCGCGCACUCGGAACAUGGACAGGAACUACACGGCGGCCAACUUCACCGACCCGCUCGUCGCUGGUGGGCAAGCGUGGCCGUACGAACGGACGGGGAGCAGCAGCGGCGGCGGUGGCGGCGUCAAGUCCAGCUUGAGCUAUGGAGCAUCACAUCCAGAAACUGACCUCAUUCAUAGACAGGCUUAUGCAACAUCUCACCAGCUGCCUGGCUAUACCACUACACAUCCCACAGGGCUCUCCAGUUUGUUUGAUGCAACCAUGCAACAUUCUGGCAGCGGAGCAUCAGAGACCUCAGUUAUGAACUUCCUUUCGGCAAUUGAAUCACGCACCCCUCAGGCUGGACCUGCUACAGCCUCCCUGCUACCACAGUUCAGAACACCUUCAUGGCAGACAGGUAUGCACUCUUCAACAUCUACAGAACUGUUUGUCACUGGAGCACUGCAAGCUUCAGGAACAUUCCCGCCAUCAGCUCUUGCAGCUUAUCAGCAUCCUUCUUCCUUCAGUAGUCGUGGAUUUACUGGUGCACAGUCACUGACGCUACAAGAUGCAGCUUUCAAUUCGACAACAAAUGGGCUUCUUUCUCCACAUGAUCCUUUGCUUCAGAUCAAGUCUUCUCAGACUGCUGUUCCUUCCCCAUUGACAUUUGACAGGAUUGGUAGUACUGUUUUAAGUACGAGCAUACCCCAGUCUUCAACAUAUCGUUCGGCUCAAGAAUCUGCUCCUCAUCACUUACAACCACAAUUUAGCUUGUUGCCUUCAGCACUUGGACCAGCUCAGCAAGCCUCCCAGCCAUAUGCCACAUCAGUUUUUUCUAGUUCAAAUGCCUCUAUUGAAAGGGCACUUCAAAGAGAAUGUAGUGUUAUUAAACAUCACCAGCGGCCUUCCAGCUCACACUCAGUGCAGGCGCAGUUACCAAGUUCUCACCAUUCCUUGCAAAACUAUCUUGCAGGUGGGAGUGGAGUUGAUUUUCAGGAAACAUCAAGACAUACAGGUUUAGCGUGUAGCCCUCUGGGAGACCAGUCUCAGGUGAGCAAUGGUGGAACACAAAAGAACUCUCCAGUAACAGUUGAGCAGUCACAGAGUUAUUCGUCCACUGUUCAAUCUCCUGAUUAUUCCUCAAAAUCCAAGAAUUGUUCAAGAUCAGCUCAACGAUUGACAAAAACUGCCAAAUCCCAAAGUAUAACCGUGACUGUACAAACACAGACUUACACCACACCAACACAAACACAAAGUUCCGUAAUAGCAAGCCAGCCUCAAAUAUACUCUUCGGGACAGGCUUCAAACCUAAUAAUGUCAAGUAGUCAGUCACAGAACUACGUUUCAACACAAUCUCAGAAUAUGUCAACUGUUAGUCACUCAGAAGUAUAUUCUUCCAGUCAGCCUGAAAAAAUCACUACUUCAAGCAAGUCACCAGCUUCUUAUCCUGGUCAAUCGCAGAACUUAACAUCUGUUAGUCAAACACUUAGUUACGCUUCUGACCAGUCACAGGUAUUGCCUUCAGUUAGUCACAUUGACAACUAUUCUGGUCAAUCACAGAAUCUGUCUUCUGUUAACCAGACGCAAAGUUAUUCUUCCGGUCAUUCUCAGGGAUUGCCUGCUGCGAGUCAGUCACAAAACAGCUAUUCAGCACAGACCCAGGGCUUAUCAACAGUCAGUCUUUCACAAAGUUAUGCUUCCGGACAAUCUCUCACUUUAACAUCCCACACACAGUCAUUGCCAUUUUCUUCACCUACUCGUGCACAGAAUUUGUCUGCAUCCAGUCCUACUCAGAACUUUAUGUCUAUGCAUUCAUCACCAACAAGUCAGUCACAAAGUGUUUCUUCACCCCAAUCUCAGAAGUUCUUAUCAGGAGUACACUCGCCUACUUUCACUUCGUCUCAUUCUCACACCAUGCAAAACACUCAAUCGUCCACAGACAGAAAGCAGUCUUAUAUAAAAAGGAAAUCUGAUUCCGAUUUAUUUGCUUCAUCUAAGGAAACUGAGGAUUUUCCUAUUCAGAAUAUGUUACAGCAGCAACCUUCCCUUGAUGCAUCCACCUCGGGUUUAACUGAAAGUGCAAUUGGGGAUGAACGUGCUGUUUACUCUGUCUCAAAAGCAGACGACCGGUACCUAUCUCAGAGUGUUAUCAGGAGUAAUUCUCGCCUAGAAGAUCAGAUUGUAGGUCUCGCUCUUCAAGUGUCAAAAUCGGAUGAAAGAAAGCAUGAGCAUGUAAAGCAAUUUAAUGUGACAUCUCAUCAUGGUCAGCCGCUCGGCAGUAACAACGAUCUCGGUACACAUGAGAUGAAAAAUGUUGCUGAUUCGUCACAGCCAUCACACAUAAUUAUGGGUGCUGAUGAACUGAAGCAGUCUCAUUCUCUUUUACAAAAAACAUCAGAGAAUAGACCACCAGUUCGUCUCACACAAGUUAUAAACACACCACAGCAGCUGCAGGUUCGCCCGGUUAAUCAGAGUCCACGAUUGCAGGUUUCUGGUGCACGGUUACUCCUGGGUUCAUCUCGUGAAAUAUCACUGUCAUUGCUACAGCAGGCCCAGUUACUACAGGCAGGCCUAGGUCCAUCCCAAGCAUCGUCACAAUCGCAGCAAAUACAAGCCCAGUCUCAGGCGUCCCAUCAUCAGUCACAAUUUCUUCAACUUGAACGGCACCUUGCCCAAGCGAACGCAGCACAAUCUCAACAGCUUCUGCAACAGAACUCUGAUGGCACUGAUUCUUCAAAACCACUGCAGCUAACAGCAAAGGAUCAUUUUGAUCAAUCAGACAGGCAAGAUUCAAAGUCACCAUUUGUUGGCCUUAGUUCUGUCUGUUUUACAGAAUCUAUGUUGCUUGGUGUUGAUAGAAAUCUUUUCUCUGGUGUUGAAGAUGUGUUUUCUGCCAAUGAGCAGUGUGGAGUUACUUCACAAGAGUUUGACAAAUCUGCUUGUAAUGAAUCCAAUAUUCAACCAGUUGACUGUGCUGAUGGUUCAAAGUCCACAUUUCAAACAGUGGCUGUGAGGCAUGUUACGCCAGUCUUCCAUGCCACACAAGCUUUGCUUUCAGAUCAACAAAAUAUGCAUAAUCUGGCACUGAGUAAUCGUCAGAUUAAUUUGGAUCUUGAGGCAGUACCAUUAGAUACUGCAACUCAGUCUAAACCGUCAAGCCUUGAGCAGCAAACACUUCGAACAGAUCAGCAAAUACAACCUGGUUUAAAUGUAUCGAAUUUGAACUCCAUCCAAGAUGCCAAUGACCACAGUAUGGAGGGUUUUAAAAAGCAGCUAAGUGCUAAUCCAGAAUCUGAAGAGGAUGACAUUCCUGAUGAUGGUGCCAUUAAUAAUGCAAAGGAUCCUGACUUCAUUCCAAGUGGUAGAAGCAACACAGACGAGAGUGCUGUAUCUGACGGUGAAUACAACUUGGGUGAUGAAAUUACGCCAGGAUCUAUUAACAAAAGGAUAUUGAAGAAACCAGUAAAGCCUAAAUUAAAAAUGGGAGUGCCAGUAGAUGGGUGGUCUCAUGGUGUGCCCGAAGAAGAGGGAAACCUAGACAUGACUCUUGAAGGUAUUCAGAAAAAACGAAGAGCGAAAGUGCAACCUAAAGAAACUGCGGAGGAUGACAUUGCUGGCCCGAAGCCAGUAAAACGAAGUGGGCAGAGUAAACGCCCGAAUUCCAAAGAUCCAAACUCACCUCAUACAUCGAAUGACAGCUAUUAUGAAAGUUACCACCAUCAAGAAAGGAUAAAUCAAAAAAUAAGAGAAGUUGAGGAAAAGCAACCGGAAGUUAAGAGUGGUUUCAUUGCAUCCUUUUUAGACUUUCUUAAGUCAGGACCUAAGCAGCAAUUUCCAGCACCUUCUGUACGUACGGCACAUCGCAAUAGGCGUCCAUCCACCAAUACCAUUCAUGCUCCUCUGAUUCCACCAGUUUCAACAAGUCAAACGGUGCCAACUGCCUUAUUAUCUACUGAAAGUCCUUGCAGAAGAUUAGAUGAUGAUCUGAAGAAAAACCUGGGAACAUUGGCUGCAUUUUCUUCUGACGAGGAAGAUUCUGUUGGGAAGAACCAUGAUCUUCAAAAGAGUAUUUCUUCUGCACUCUCUGUUUUGGAUGAUCCCAAUAAAAAGGAAAAAUGUGGAAAAAUAGAGUCCAAUAAUGGAGAAAAGGAUUCCAACACUACUGUUUCUGCUGUUAUACAGCAGGAAAAAGUUGCAAAUCCUCCUCCUCCUCCUCCCCCUCCUCUUCCUCCUCCUCUUCCUCCUCCAUCUUCGAAAGAGGAAACACAGGAACCAACUGAAGCUCUAGAACCUCCCAAGGAAACUGAACAGGAUGAUUUGAAUCCUCCAGAGCGGGCUGAAAAGCAAGAAUUAAUUGCAGUGGAAGGUUCAACAGAUGAAGAGGAUAUAGAAAGUGGAGGGGAGGGCAUGUACAGGGAGCGAGAUGAAUUUGUUGUAAAGAUAGAGGACAUUAAAGCUCUUAAGGUGGCCUUAAGUACAGGUAGAGACGCCCCUGCUAUAUGGAAGGUUCAGAAAGCUUUGUUGCAAAAAUUUAUGCCUGAAGUAAAAGAUGGACGAAGACAAUUCUCCGCAACAAACAGUUACCUAGGAUACUUUGGGGAUGCAAAAACCAAAUACAAACGGGUGUACGUGAAGUUCAUUGAAAAUGUAAACAAAAAGGAUUAUGUUCGCGUUUGUUCCAAAAAGCCAAGAAACAGACCGUCGCAACCUUUACGGCACGGCCAGUCAAAAACGGGUUCUAGUAAUAAAACCUGCAUCAGCAACUCUGCGGCUCAGAAAGGUUCAUCAGCAAAAUCCAAAGCCAGAACAGUUAAACAAGUAAAGGUAAAAGCUGAACCACCACCCAAAAAACGAAAGAAAUGGGUGAAAGAAGAAUAUUCGUCCCACUCAGACUCUUCAGUUGAAACACAUAGCGAUGAUGACGACAAUGGAUUUGUUUCGAAAGGGAAUACACAUGGAAAAACUGUCAAAAACAUUCAGCAAAAAUCAGAACGGCCCCCAACAACUCCAUAUGUAGCUCGUUUCUUGAAUACCAGAAUGAUGAAAGAGACAUUUAAAAACUACGUUGAGCUGCUUGUGAGUACAGCAUUGGACCCUGACAUGAUUGAGGCAUCAGAACAGAGUAAUGAUGAAAUGUAUUUGCCACAUAUGAGGAAAAUUGAUGGCAUGUUGAAUGAAAACAAGAAACGAAUGAUUUCUAAGUUCCCACUGCAGCCUGCACUCAAGAUUGCCCUGGAGAAUUUUCCAGAGCUAGCAGUAUGUGCCCCAGGAACUAAAGGCGGCAAUUCCAAUUUAACAAAAAUUAAAAUGAGUGGUAAAAAUUACAACAAGAAAACGCUCCAGUCAUUAAAACAGAAUAGUAAGCGCCUGAAGGAGUUUACUGUAGAUCAAGAAAAAUUGCAGUGCUGUACUUUAUAUCACACCCUUCAUCACUAUAAAUAUCACACGUACCUGAUAUGCAAAAAAGAGGCUUCAUCCAUUCUAAAACAGAAUAAAGAUCUAGGCCAAGUGGAAACAAUCCAGCAGUGCAUGGAAAAUGAAAAAUGGGUGGAGGAUCUCUUUGAAAAGUUUGGCGACCAUCUGACACAAGCACAGCAGAACUGUUUAUAAUGUACAUAUGAGAUUUUUUCACCGGUUGCAUCAAUGGCACUAGUGAUUCAUGGGACAUAUUGAAAUGAACUUUGGCAUCCUUGUUGAUGCUGGGACUAAGCUAAUUAUAGUGACACUCAUGGGUUUUAAUGGACCUUGUACUUUGGCCCAUAGUUAAAUGGUCAUAGUGGCCAAGAACUCACAUUUUGACAUUGGGAGUAAUUAUUAUGACUGUAACCACAUUUUUUUUAUAAUGGCCAAUGUUUUUGAUUUAUUUGUAUUCCGUGAACUUGAGGUAUCGAAUAAUGGUUAUUUCCAAAAAAAAGUUAAACAUUUUGUUUUAACUUUCGUGACCGAUCAAAAUGGCAAGGCAUGCACUAAGUAUAUUAUGAUUUUCUUAUUAAUAUAGUUUAAACACAUUAGAAGACUUCUGUUCAAGAAAUGCUUUAAAAUUGAUUACUUGACUCUUUCUGAUCCUCGAGACAAAGCCAGAAGCAACCACACCUGUCUGAUGUCUGUCAACCAUAUUUCUAUACGUAAUAUAACAAAAGUUAGUGUGUUGUGACAUUCUCUUAAGAUAAAUUUGCCAUCAGAAAAUAACACUUGCUUUGCAGACUCAAAAUAGUAAGUUCAGGAAACUGGACGUGGAGUUGGUGCAAUCCAAUGACUGUCAAUUCUGAUAAUGAAAAUGUGAUGAACACAUCUAUUUUCCCUAUUUUGAAGAAAAAACUAUUUUUCCUCUUUAUCCAUAUUUCUUCAAAAAAAUAAAUUGUACAUUUUAUCACAUCGAUAGUUGUAUUUUUCAGAGAAAAUAUUGUGGUUUGAAUUAUGUUCAUGUAUCUUUGUAAUACACUUUGCAUUGUUUCCGGUAAAUUCUAUUCACUUACAUUGAUCACACAUUGUAUACUUUAUAUACCGAGGUAAACUACAAUUUUUGUUUUCCUGUUAAUACGAGUUUGCUUCAGUGUUACCAGAUAUGCAUAUUGGACUAGUUUUGCCUUUUAAGUGUAGCUGUGUUACACAUUUCGAUUAUUUUCUGAUACGUGAAAAUAAAUUUCCUACUAAACA